ACGAGACCAUCAGCUGAUUCGAACUCAAACAUUUGGAAUCUUCUGCUGCACUCUUUGUACUUUUACUCUCUCUCUUUCUCUUUUUCAACCUUCUUUUUCUUUUUUUUUUCACUUAAUAUUUAGUCACACACCCAUUAUGUUUUAAGAUCAGGAAGUACACCAGUGUUGUAAAAAAAAAAAACAUCGGUGACAACUCUGUCCUUCGAGGACGACACACGUCUGUCUUCGGUUCAGUUCGGACCCACCGCGAAACUCGCACUCGACAAAAGUGCAAAGUAAUUGCAUGACGCGAUACACAUCGAUUCGUGAAAAUUGAAGUGCAUCGAUUCCGAAGAUCCGUUCCUAUACACAACAAGUGACAGCGAGACAGCUGAAAAAAUGAGCACGCAGGUUAACGCGAAACCAGCACCCAUGGAAGCAACUUCAACGAGAAGAGCAGUACUGACGGUCGGAUUCAUCUUUGCGGCCUCGCUGACCGCACUGUUUUACGUGUACACGAACUUUCCAGAAUUAGAAGAAGAUGAGAAGCAGUACAUGAAGCUGCCGCUUCACAUAGAAGACGCCAAGAGCUUGGGAAAACUGCUGGAGAGAUAUAAAGAUCUGUACUACUAUCAAGUAUUAACCGGAGUGUUCGUUACAUACAUCUUCUUGCAAACGUUUGCCAUUCCCGGAUCUAUUUUUCUCUCGAUUUUAUCCGGAUUUUUAUUUCGCUUCUCGGUUGCGCUGCUGCUCGUGUGCACGUGCAGCGCAAUCGGCGCCACUUUGUGCUACCUGCUGUCGUCGUUACUAGGCAGACGGCUGUUGUACCGAUACUUUCCGGAGAAAGCGAACAAGUGGACGGUCACGGUGACCAAGCACCGCGACAACCUGUUCAAUUACAUGCUGUUUCUCAGGAUGACGCCGUUGCUGCCGAACUGGUUCAUCAAUCUGGCCAGUCCCGUGAUCGGCGUGCCGAUGAUGCCGUUCACCCUCGGCACUUUCUUCGGCGUCGCGCCGCCCUCAUUCGUCGCGAUACAAGCGGGCCAGACGUUGCACGAGCUCACGUCGUCGAGCGACGCGUGGUCGUGGAACAGUGUGAUCAUACUCUGCGCAUUCGCGCUGUUAUCCUUACUGCCCGUGCUGUACAAGCAGAAACUCAAGCAGAAGCUCGAGUAAAACGCCGAGACGAUCGAUCGGGAAUAUUCUCAGGGUGACAUUUUUCGAUAUCGCGCAAGAAAGGAAGGAAACUUUCCGACACUUUUCGUUUACGGAUUUAUUUUAGGGAAUUUAAAAGGACAAUUGCGACAGGUGCAAACGGAAUUAUCAAGAGCACGCGGUGCCGGUUAUUGAAAAAUCGCGCCGUGCGUGAAAUCCUUAUAUUUGCAUUUAAAUGCGCGAAAAUGCAGUGAAUUCCCGUGAAGCACAAUUUACACGUAACUUAUUUAUUAAUGCUGUAAUUUAUUUUGUACAUGUAUAUUUUCAGUAGAGAUUAUACGUGGCACUAUAUCGUUUACAAAUCAACUCAACACGAGGAAGAUAAGGAAAAAAAACCCUGCGACUUAUUACUGUUACAAAUACGCCUAAACACUUUAGACAAUAUGCCAGACAAAAUGAUCUCAGAUAAACAUUCUGUGUGUGUUGGUAGCGAGAUGAGAUUUAUUCCACGCGUUGUUGGAAUAGAAAAAAAAAAUAAAAAAUAAAUAAAUAAAUGUACUUUUCAGGUUUAAAUAUGCGAGAAAAAAAGACAAAACCUAUUAUCAACAUCAUGUGAGAAUAGAU